AUGUCCCGCUUAUCUACUAGCUGGAUUCGUCAUUUGCUUGGACAAGGUAGUUAUCAGCCUUUAGCUAAUUCUGUGGACUCAUCUGAAGCUAAUAGUGAUAUUUUACCUGGAAAUUACCCUGAGGAACGAGUUCUUCACAACAAUAGAAAUGCAAUAAAUUCAAACUCCAUACAACAUGUGUUCAAACAUUUAAGUAGCUGGAUCAGUUUUCUAAUAAUAAAGCCUAUUAUAAUUAUAUUGGUCCUUUCAUUUAGAAUAUUGGCUAAGCUUAUAAACAUAAUAUAUUUUCGGGACCAAUAUACUAGGACAAAUUCAGGCAAAGCAGCUAACCUAGCUAUAAACAAAACUGGAUUGAAUGAUCCUAUAGAUAAAGUGAACAAGUUUAUUCGUGAUCUUGAGGAUAAUUUAUCCCCUUUACAACAACGACAUUUGGAAAGUGGUUUAAAUCCUCAAUUGCCACCAUUCUUUGUUGGUAGUUAUACGCAAGCCUUGUAUAUGGCGACUAAUAGGGCAAAAUUUUUGUUUGUCUAUCUAUCCAAUUCACAAAAUGAAAAUUCGUCUACCAUAUUCAAUAAGGUAAUCACAAAUCCAGAUUUUAUUUCCCUUUUUAAUUCUAACCCAAAUAUUUUAAUUUGGGGUGGAGAUUUAACUAACCCCGAAGCAUAUCAAUUAGCCAAUAGUUUAAAUGUUACAAAGUUCCCUUUUCUUGGCUUAUUAUGUCUUACGAGAACAACAACGAUGUCACAACAAGGGCCCGUGAAGACAAGCCCUAAAAUUUCUUUGAUUCUGAAAAUUCAGGGAGGGCUUAAUGAGGAUAUAAACAUAAGCGCAACGGUAAUUGACAAAUUCAAAAGGAAGAUACGCAAAUUUGAUGAGGAAUUGAUAGUAAUGAGAACUGAAUUGAGAGACAAAUAUAUGAGUCAAGUUUUGUUACGACAACAAGAUAUCAAUUAUCAAAACUCUUUGAAAAAUGAUCAAUUGAAAAAACAAGAAAAAUUGUAUAAGGAGUUAAAGAGAGAGUACUUGAAUUGGAAAAGUUUAUACUUCAAUAAGUUAAAGCAAGAAAAUGAUCUUGAAGACAGUGCAAAAAUCGCGAUCAAGUUAACGAACGGUGAGAGAAUAACAUUCCAUUUCCCAUCUCAAAACCUCAUAGAUGAUAUAUUUAUAUUUGUCGAGUUACAAAAUGAUGAUUAUUUAGAUGGUAAUAUAAAGAGUUCUAUAACUGACGAAGAAGCUUUUGAGAGAUUUAAAGAUUUUGAACUAAAGUAUGAGUUCAAGUUAGUUUCACCGUUACCUCCGAGGACAGAAUUGAACAAUUAUUUGGAUGAAGAAAAUCAUCCGAAAAUAAGAGAUAUAAAUUAUAUUUAUCCUAAUGGGUUAUUAAUAGUGGAAGAUCUAUAA